CUCGUCGAGUCAUCAAACCACCGCCGUACUUGGCGCCGCAUUCUUGUAUCUCGUGUUCUUCCUCUCGAGUUCUGAUGGCUGGGCUUUUAGGAUAUAGAGGCCUCACCCCCAAGGCAAAGAAUCUGGUAGUAGCCGGGGGUUUGAGCGCAUUUGUCUUUGGGGUGUACUUCUACACCAUGAGGGCUGUUGGAGGUACAGAUGAACUACAAGCAGCCAUAGAUAAGUUUGAGCAACAGAAGAGCCAGAAAGGAGCGGAGGCAAGCGUUCCAUCAAAGGCUUAAACUUUCUUGCUAGUGUAACCAAAAGCAGUAAAUUGUGGUUUGUGGGACAAAUGCAGCACUUCUGUGGGUCGUUGGUGUUAGGAUUAUGGUCUUCUUUGUUAUAUACUUUGCCACAUUUCUUUCCAGCGUGAGAAUAUGAAAAGAAAUUUGAAUAAAGCAGUUAAACAGUUUCUAGCA